AUCAAAUGGGGGGACAUCUUUAAUCUAAAUGCUUUUAGGGAACUAACUUAUUUGAAAGGGUCUGGAUCUAUGUUCCUUCAAAUUUGUUUGUAAAAUCCAGGCACAGGGGAUAGGAAGAGGAAGUUGUCAGCCAAUGACAGGACUGGACUGGAUUGUUCUCCUUCAUGGUGAUCACCUGAUCAGUUUUGCAUGAGCAGAUCCUGGCUCACCUUCAACACUAUUAAGAGAAAAGCUUGCUGAUGACAGUGGGAUUGGACACAGCCAUCCCACCUCGGCAUUACAGGUGUCUCUGAUCACUGCAGGACCUAACUUACCUGCCUGGCCUCUUUUUUAGCUAGUUUGGGGAUUAUAAGGUGUAAAUGUGUCAAUUUUUUUUCAUUUGCCAGUAAUCAAUUCAUACCUGGUUUUGUUGUCUUAAUUUAGAGACUAUUGGUUUGGACUGGGGUAGCACCAGUACAUCCUUAACUGAAGAUGAGUGUGACGAAGGAAGAUAUCAGGAAAUUCCUGGAUGGAAACCCAGCUUUCACCCAGGGCUACUUCAACAAGAAGCUCACACCGGGGGCCCUUUCUGCAAUAGCAGGCAUUCCGGAGUCCAAGGUGGAUUUUGGUAUGUUACAGGAGCUGAGUCAGAUAGAGGAAGGUCAGAUUCUGCUUGAUGUGGUCAAAGAAAUGCAAGAGAGUGUCAACAUGGAGAAAGUGGUGUUCAAGAUCCUGAAGAGGAUUGUCACCCUGAUCCAAGCUGACCGCUGCAGCCUGUUUAUGUAUCGGGAGAGGAACGGCAUCCCAGAGCUGGCCACCCGUCUUUUCAACAUCACCACUGAGUCGGAGCUGGACGACUGUGUUGUGCACCCAGACCAUGAGAUCGUUUUCCCCCUGGACCUGGGAGUGGUGGGUAAUGUGGCCCAGACCAAGAAACAUGUCAAUUUGAAAGAUGUCAAUGAGAGCAGUCACUUCAGUUCGUUCGUUGAUGAUCUAACAGAGUACAAAACCAGGAAUAUUUUAGCAUCGCCCAUCAUGAACGGAAAUGAUGUGGUUGCUGUCAUCAUGGCUCUGAACAAGACAACUGGACCACAUUUCACAGCUGACGAUGAGGAUCUUUUUUUGAAGUACCUCAGAAUAGCCACUUUAAAUCUGAAGAUUUACCAGCUGAACUACCUUUACAACUGUGAGACUCGAAAAGGACAGGUCCUGUUGUGGUCUGCAAACAAGGUGUUUGAGGAGCUUACAGACAUUGAAAGACAGUUCCACAAAGCCUUGUACACAGUGCGGGCGUACCUGAACUGUGACAGAUAUUCUGUGGGCCUACUGGACAUGACCAAGGAGAAGGAGUUCUUCGAUGUCUGGCCAGUGUUGAUGGGAGAUCAGCCCCCCUACACUGGGCCUGUUACCCCUGACGGCAGAGAAGUAAUAUUCUACAAAGUCAUUGAUUAUAUUUUGCAUGGAAAAGAGGACAUCAAAGUUAUCGCAGCUCCCACUCCGGAUCACUGGGUCCUGUGUACUGGACUGCCCACAUAUGUGGCCCAAACAGGACUUAUUUGCAACAUCCUGAAUCCUGCGACAGAGGAGAUGUUCAACUUUCAGUCAGAGCCCCUGGAUGACAGUGGUUGGACCAUAAAGAAUGUACUCUGCAUGCCAAUUGUGAACAUGAACGAAGACAUUGUGGGAGUGGCUACAUUCUACAACAGGAAAGAUGGAAAGCCAUUUGAUCAGCAGGAUGAGGAGCUAAUGGAGGCUCUGACUAACUUCCUGGGCUGGUCCCACCUCAACACAGACACCAAUGAUAGGAUGAACAAGAUGGAGAACCGGAAGGAUAUUGCUCAGGACAUGGUGCUCUACCACGUCAGGUGCCGUGAUGAUGAAAUACAGCAAAUACUGAAAACCCAACAGUAUUUCAACUGUGAGCCUUGUGAAUGUGAAGAGGAUCAGCUCCUGCAGAUUCUGAAAAAAGAACUACCUGGCCCCAAAAAGUUUGAGAUCUAUGAGUUUAGCUUCUCUGACAGCGACUGCACUGAUCUUGAACUGGUGAAGUGUGCAAUCCAGAUGUACUAUGAAGUUGGAGUGGUCAAGAAGUUCCAGGUUCCGCAGGAGGUUCUAGUGCGCCUCAUGUACUCGAUCAGCAAAGGCUACAGGAAAAUGCCCUAUCACAACUGGCGCCACGGUUUCAAUGUUGGACAGACCAUGUUCACAAUGUUGACGACAGGGAACCUGAAGAGAUACUAUACAGAUCUGGAGGUGAUGGCCAUGAUCACAAAUGCUUUUCUCCAUGAUAUCGACCAUCGGGGCACCAAUAACCUCUACCAGUUGAAAACUGGUAACCCAUUAGCCAAACUUCAUGGUUCUUCUGCACUGGAGAGGCAUCAUCUAGAAUUUGGGAAGUUCCUUCUGGCAGAUGAAUCUUUGAACAUCUAUCAGAACCUGAACCGAAGACAGAAUGAGACUGUCAUGCAUCUUAUGGACGUUGCCAUCAUUGCAACAGAUUUGCAACUCUAUUUCAAGAACCGAACAAUGUUUGAGAAGAUUGUUGAUCUAUCGAAGACUUACGAAGAUGAAAAGAAGUGGGUGGACUGGAUGUCACUGGAGACAACGAGAAAGGAGAUUCUCUUGGCCAUGAUGAUGACAGCCUGUGACUUGUCAGCCAUCACGAAGCCAUGGGAUAUACAAAGCAAGUUGGCUCUGUCUGAAGCAGCUGAGUUCUGGGACCAGGGAGACUUGGAAAGGGAAAUUAUUGGAACACAACCCAUUGUCAGGAUGGACAGAAGAUGUGCUGCCCAACUGCCUAAGCUGCAGUGUGGUUUCAUUGACUUUGUCUGCACAUAUGUUUAUAAGGAAUUCGCCCGAUUCCAUCCUACCACCCAGCCAAUGUAUGAUGGCAUGCUAAACAACAGGAAUCAGUGGAAGCUCAAACAAGAAGAGUAUGAGGCCAAGCAGGCCCAGCUGGAAGCAAAUUCAGGGUCUAAGUCAUGUUCAGUGUGCUAGAGCUCUGGACUUGUUUUGAUGAACCAGAGGGAAUCCUCAUAAAUAAUGAAGCAAGGCUGUUGGGCACGUUGGCACAUUAUGGACAUAACAUUCGAUUUACUGCCUUCAUCUUCUGGGUAGUUAUCAGUAGUAGCACCGGCAAAUCCACUAAAGUUUCCACCUUCAACAUGUUGUACCACCUUCGACAUGUUGUACCACCUUCAACAUGUUGUACCACCUUCAACAUGUUGUACCACCUUCAAUAUGUUGUACCACCUUCAAUAUGUUGUACCACCUUCAAUAUGUUGUACCACCUCCAACAUGUUGUACCACCUCCAACAUGUUGUACCACCUUUGGAGGAAUCCUACUUUUUAUUUCAUUUCUACCACUUUGAACUUUUUUUAAACUUAUGUACAGUACAGUGGGUUCUGGAACAUCAUUAUUGACCAAUCAAGGAACAUUAAAUCUGUUUCUAUAUAUUUAUAUGUGGAAUUAUCAUGAAUAUGACACUAAAGCAGUUUUUACCGGACUCCAACAUACACUGUGUCAAAUAAAAUUUGACCAGUCCUGAUCUGGUCAAAUCUGGAUUUUCCCCUGAUUUGUAUAAAAACAAAUAUUAUAAUGUUACAUAAGUACUCUAUAUGUAAGUGGCUUUGAGACCACUUCCAAAGGAUGUAUAGUUUUGUUAAAUGGUUCAACUAUCCAUAUCCAUCUACACUUGCAAGAUAUAAUUUCACUAGAGGUGGUCAGAUAUAUCUGUUAUUUACAUUUUGAGCAAGAUCAUGACGAAGAGCAUAAUGUCUGAUCUGUUACAACGUGCUAUGACUUGUUACUAUUGCAAUGUUUUUGUCCAUGUAAGCUAGGUAACUAUAUAACUAUGAUAGGUAAACUUGAGGUUACCAAAAAUAUUUCAGAUUGUUACGUUGUUUCUAUGAGGACAGGCUGGUAUGAAAUAGUGUACAAAAGGAUCAUUUUUAUUUCACACUAGUAUUUUACAAUGUUUGUAAUAAAAAAAAUGUAAACAAGUAGGCAGCAGGAUAUUGAAAUAUAACAUGUUUAAUUAUUCUGUGUUAUACAAAUACUUGAUGGAUUCAUCAAAGAUCCAAUUUCUAUUUACAGACAGCUGAAAAUGUCAAGGAAAAAGAAUCAACUGCUGGCUUAUGUAAAAAGAUGAGAACCUGCGUGUCUAAAUAUUUUAUCCAAAAUAUAAAUGAUAAGUAUUAUAUGCCAGCCCAGGCACAUUGAAGCUUGGUAAAAUGUGGAAAUAUCAAACUUUCUUUCCAAGUUUGGGGUGAGUUUAAAAAAGUACAUUUUCUCUAAUGUAGGAUUGAGAAACAAAGACAAGUAUAAGAUUAGUAAAUUACAUUACUUUUUAAAUGUGGAUUGUACACAGAAUGGGUACAGUGGGUCCACGGUUCCGUAUGUAUGGCGGUUUGUGGGUCACGGUAACAACGGGGUAAGUAUGAAUUACUAAUCAUGUUAGAAGUGUUUCCACUCGAGUAGCCGACAGUGGCAAAGCAAUGUUAGUUGACUGUAUUUGGUUUACGGUCUUCAUACUCUCUUAUUCGUAUUGAACGGGGAAUCCAAAAAGUUAACACAGCGGAUUUGAUAGACGGCGGUGAUUCUUCAAAUUUGCUUCGCUGUCUUGCUACGGCUCGCCAAUGGCCGGUUGGAGCUGAGAGAAUAUUUGUUUUUAGAUUCCCAUCUCUUCAUGGGGCGCCUUUAGGGAGGUUUUUUAUUGAGAUGUCAUUGCAAACCGUCCAUUCGUUGUUAAGGGGGAGGUGGUUGCAGUCACUGUGAAAGCCAUAUUUUGAGACAUUAUUGAUGUGGAGUAAAGUUUGUCAGCCCCCAGGACCCCCCUACCUACCUGGAGCCCUAAGCAGUUGCCUGCCUUGCCUGUUCACAAGCUGCGCAUCUGGUUCUGUGGAUCUGAAUCUACAACGUGGGUGUAGUCUGCAGCGGAAUAAGAACGUUUUGGAAAUGAUAGGAAAAUGACCGGCACAACGUAAUUCUGCGGUUCACAUAUACAUAUUGACCCGUAGGGGGCGUAGGCCUACUGAACGGUUCGAUAACAUAGUGUACGGUUGCAUCACUACUGGAUUAUUAUUUUUAUGGCAGGGGUUUAAUUGGGAAGGAGCUGAGCUCCAGCACAUAUGGUCUAUAUAUUACGUUCUAAGGUUCCACUUCAAUAGGCCUACAGGGUGAUAUGACCCCUUUGCUAUGUGUUGGACUGCUAAUAAGUGAUGAUUUUGCUCUACAUUACAGUAUGGAAGUUUUGUCCUGCUGUGUGAGUUAAUGGGUUGUUUACAGUGUUAUAUUGACACUUUAAGUAGAGCAAUGUAAGAGGUGCUGCUGAAUGUCAUAGACUGCAGUGAGGCAGUCUAUUGGUAGAUUAUGUGUGUUUGUACAUUAAUGUAAUUUAUUCUUAUUUUGAAAUAAUAUUUUCGGUUAACUACACAGUAUAAACUUCUGAGUUAAUUUUACUCUCUCUAGAUCACAUUUGGUCCAUCUCAAUUUUGUGUUAAAUGAACUCUGCUCAGUGUAAUUUAAAGCAGGACUGUGUAGGAUUCAAGACUGACAUGUUUAUAUUAAUGCAUUUUGCUCUGCCAACAAUUAAAUCACAGACCCAAUCUUGCUAAUUUUUGAUAUUGUGGUUUGUUGAAUUGAAAACAGACUGAAAUUAUUUUGAUUUGAUUAAUAACAUUUGGAACUUUUGAGUUAUUAGUACUUCGAAUUUUAUUCUAAAUAUUUCACUGUGUAUAUUCCUAUCCCUGGCUAUCAACAGUGUCCUAGAAAUGCUUCAAUCGGAGACACCAAUCAUUCUUUUAAUGUGAAACUGUAAACAAUCUAACUGUAGAAUAUCUGAAUGGGAUAUACUUUAACAGUAAAUACAAAAUAUAGUAUGCUUAAAAACAUGUAUGAUUAUUAUAAAUAUUGGAUGGAUUUUUAUAUGGUCCAGCUUUCUGAGAAUUAUGGUCCAAGUCCAAUCCCUCUGUAGAGUGACUGAAGCCAGUGGCCUUGAUUCUGAUACUCUUGAGCCUACUCACUGGAAUCCAUAGACAUUGCUAAAUAGUAUUUAUUAUAAACUAAAGAGUAUUGUGUUACAGCAGUUGAUGGGGCAUAAUACUUCAAGUAUAUUGUAAAGAUUCUCAUUCUGUAGAUACAUUUACAUAAUAGUGCAAAUAUAUUUUUUUCCAAUGACUAACAGGUAAUACAUGGACCGCAUUACUGUUAUGCUCUGUCUGUCCUGACCUAACAGUAUGUUCAAUGUUAAGUACCAACUAUUUCUCUUCCUAAUUUCACACAAUUAAACAAUGCAGCUAACACUGUAUUCCACAAUAUGCUGUUAAAAAUGUAGACAUUACCAUUGUAUUUACUCUAUGAAAAAAAUAAAGCAAAUGUAUUUUUAAUGAUG